AUGUCUUGGCCGUCUGAAUUCAGGUGUGUUUUGGGUGGACCUCAGUCCUUUGUCCAUACUGAUUCUCGUUCGUGGCCUUUGGGGUCGCGAGUCACUGCGCCGGGGGUCCCUGGACCCGAGUUCAAAGGACGCUAUAGAGGAACCAAAUCACUGGAUCUCAAGAUCCCCAAUAGACCACUGCAAAAUUCAGGCGGUUAUCCUACUUCUGCUCAGAUGAUUCCACAUAUAGCACCAUGUUCCAUGUUCAACGAUGCGGCUGUGACUCAAGGGUAA